UUUCUUUCAGAUUUCUCAGUCUGCGCAUGUGUGAAAACAGACUGCGGUGCCGGAAAUAACGUUUACGUCAUGUCUUUUUCUAUUUCACAGGAACGUGAUAGCCACCCUGUUGCCAUGUCGACCUCAUCGCUAAGACGACAAGUGAAGAACAUUGUUCACAAUUACUCGGAGGCAGAGAUAAAGGUCAGGGAAGCAACCUCCAAUGACCCCUGGGGUCCCUCCAGUUCUCUGAUGUCAGAGAUUGCGGACCUGACGUAUAACGUAGUGGCCUUCUCAGAGAUCAUGAGCAUGGUGUGGAAAAGACUCAAUGACCAUGGCAAGAACUGGAGGCACGUGUAUAAGGCUAUGACUCUUAUGGAGUAUCUGAUCAAGACGGGUUCAGAAAGAGUGGCACAGCAGUGCAGGGAAAACAUCUAUGCUGUCCAGACACUCAAAGACUUCCAGUAUAUAGACAGAGAUGGCAAAGACCAGGGCGUGAAUGUACGAGAGAAAGCCAAGCAGCUGGUGACUCUUCUGAAAGACGAGGAGAGGCUACGAGAAGAGAGGAUCCACGCACUCAAGACCAAAGAGAAAAUGGCACAGACGUCCAGUGCGUCUUCGGCUCCCUCGGCUCCUGGUUUAGGAGGAAUCCACUCGGGCCCGGAGGCGGACCAGGCGUGGCCUCAGAGCUCCGGGGAGGAGGACCUGCAGCUGCAGCUGGCACUGGCCAUGAGCAAAGAGGAGGCGGAGCAGACUAGCGCUGACCCUCUGGAGGACGCUGAACUCCGCUACGCGCUCACAAUCAGCAAGGAGGCUCAUCAAGAGGAGGAGCGUCUGCGCAGGGGAGACGACCUGAGGCUGCAGAUGGCCAUCGAAGAGAGCAAGAGGGAGAAAACCAAGCCUGAAGAGUCCGCUUUAAUGGAGUUGAGUGCAGCCGACCCUUGGGGAGCUCCAGCGGCCCCCAGCUCCACAGGCCCCUCUCCACCUCCCUCCGUCACUCCUGCUCCAGCCGCCGGGCCCUGGGGCCCCACUGACCCCUGGGGGGCUGCUUCCCCUGCCUCUCCCCCGAGUGCUGACCCAUGGGGUGGGGGGCCACCCACGAUAGCGCCGCCUCCAGACCCAUGGGGUGAAUCCGCCUCCUCCAGAGUAAACUCAGACCCCUGGGCCUCCACAGCUGUGACCCCCCCCAGUGCGGACCCCUGGGCCCCCUCAGUGGCUGCAGCCCCCACCUCACUCUCAGGGUCGUCUGACCCCUGGGCUGGAGAUGGGGUGGCCCCUGCCACUGACGCCCUGACCUCUGACCCCUGGAGUGGCCCCCCUAAACACACUAACGGCACAGGAGAUCCAGAGAGGAGAGGCUCCGCGGCAGCGGGCGGCGACACAAGUGGAGGAGGCAGUACGGGCUCUCCGGUACCGUUUGACCUCUCGUCACUCGGCACGUCCCUGCCCAUUCGGAAAACGCCGGAGUCGUUCCUGGGGCCCAACGCAGCGCUGGUGGAUCUAGACUCACUAGUAUCAUCAAAACCUAAACCCAAACAGACCCCACCCACCAUGGCCUCUUCUCACAACCCUUUUCUACAGACGCAGGGCUCCUCCCCUGCACCAGGUAUGGCAGUUACUCCGGGCAGCACCAUUUCCAGCAGAGGGGUCUCCCCAACGCCACCUCCAACUUCUAACCCCUUCGGCGUCACCCCGAUGGCCUCCAUCUCUCCUCAGCCCUCCUCGCUCGGCCUGAGCCAGCUACGCACUAGCCCUGUCCCUCCGAACCCAAUGCUCGGCCACAUGCCUCCACCAACGCUGGGAAUGGUUCAGCCGGGGAUGGCCAUGCCAGCGAUGGGAGUGCCUAUGGCGGCCCCCAGCAUGGGCAUGGGAAUGGUACAGUCCAGCCCAAUGGGAAUGCCUUUCAGUGGGAUUUCUCCCAUGGUCCCAGCCGGGAACUCCCUAAUGAUGGGCUCGGCGGGCGCCCCCCAGCCCGCGCUGGUUUUGGGCGGCCCGUCAGGAGUAGGCGGAGUGAUGGGUACCGGUGGAUCUGUGGGAGGGGGCGGAGCUACAGGCGCAAGCACCAAUCCUUUUCUUCUUUGAGAGAUUUCACCACUCCCACACAAACCCCUCCCACGCCCCCCCACCACACACACUUUUGACCUUUUUACCACUUUGACCUGCCCCAGAACACAGUUUGUGUUGAAAAGAAAAUGUGUGUACGUCACUCUAUUUAAAAGAAAGAAAAAUGUUUUCGUUCACGACAAAGCAUUUCACAUCUCUCUCUCUCUCUUUUUUUCUUUUUUUAUUUCGUUUUGCUUUACAGAGAAGAUGAGUAUUAGUGAAAGAAGCAGAGGUCUAUUUAUUUCACUUUCGUUUUUUGGGUGGGGGGAGGCGACUGUCGGAUGAAUGAGGAGGGUCAUUCAGUGAAUGCAGUCAGAAUUACUAUUAUUAUUAUUAUUAUUAUUGCACCGAAAUCGAAGGAUAGGCAAAGUGAGAAUGACGAGAAGGUGGGGGAGGGAAAUUAGCCACUAAUGAUGAACUGAUAUAAUCGAAUCACCUCCCUUCCUCGAGUGGAGAGGAAGAAAAAGCGUCCCCUUUUUCGAAGGAGCGGUGUGCAUGAAGGAGCGCUUCAAACUCCCACUGACCAGACAGAAACAGCUCCCUUUGCAUUUCAGCCACUUCCAACCGCUGUAUUACUUUUAAUUUAAUUCAAUGUGUAAUUUUCUUUUGUAAUUUAUUGUUAUAGUUUUCUUUUCUGACUCCUGGGAACAAAAUAAACCGAGGAAAAUCACACUGAGAUACAGCCAUCGAACGAGACGCCUGCUUUAGUGAACGUUACGCUGCAACGUUUCGGCGCAGAUUUCCACAAAACGCACUUUUGAGUUGCUACAGAAAGAUGGGAGGUGCUCAGUCUUUCCGUGUCCCACCGCUGUGCUUAACACACACGACCUCAUCUGUUGGGGGGGGGGUUUGUAUCUGCAUUACAGUGACACUUUCUCAGUGCUUGUUAACGAUGGGAACUGCACUUAGUGUUGUACCUUUUCUUUUUUCCCAUUUUCUUUUACAGUUUUUAUUGUGUGACUUGAAGCAUUAGUUUGUCACAUGGGACACAAGAUUUCGUCCUCACGUUUCACUACCCGCCACUUCUUUCUCCCCUUCUAACAUUUCAGAAAAAUGGGCGGUUGAACUUCAAAUGCUUCUAAAAAAACCAUGAGACCUGAACGAAUAUUUAAAAUCCAGUGAUGAAAUAAUUGGGGACUGAAUAACAUAAUUCACGCUGUUAUUCUUAAUUUAGUUUUGAUGAAUUAUUUUAUAUAUGAAGAUAUUUCUCUUAUAUAUCGGGUGAGCUCAAAAAAAAAUUGGUGUUGACUGUGAACGUUCGCAUUUGGAAAAAAAAUGGAGGAAAAAAUCAAAAGAGAUUUAUGAAAUAAACGAUAAAAAUCACAAAA